CUCUCUGUCCGAAGCGGUGUGCACGUUCGAGUUGGAUUUUGUCAAUAGCUUCGCGUGGAAUCUGAAGCGCUGUAAGGAGGAACUCUCUAACUACCGAUUCAGGAACUUCACCUUCUUUCUCCUGGAUACCUCAUGGAUGACAACAUAGAAACCCACACCUUCCUGUACUUUGCCUACGGCAGCAACCUACUGAAGGAAAGGCUCCAGCUCAAGAACCCCUCCGCUUCCAUCCACUGUGUGGCCAGGCUCAAGGACUACAAGCUGAUAUUUGGGAACUACAAGGGUCUGGCCAGUGACCGAUGGCAUGGGGGUGUGGCGACCAUCGAGAACAGCCCAGCGGACGAGGUGUGGGGAGUGGUAUGGAGGAUGAACGUGGCCGACCUCGAGUCUCUAGACAGCCAGGAGAGCGUGCGACUAGGGGCCUACAGCCCUGUGGAGGUUAACGUGAAGACUCGGGGCCAAGAGCUCAACUGUCGCACCUACAUCAUGAACAGCUGUAUUUACGCUCCACCAUCUCCACAGUACCUCAAGGUGAUUUUAAUGGGGGCAGAGCAGAAUGGCUUGCCAAAGAACUACCAGGAGAAGCUGAGGUCCAUUGAGACCAACAAGUUUGAGGGCCCACUGCCUGUCAUGGCUGAGCUGGAGCGGAUUAUGAAAAGAGCCAAGGAGAGAGCCAACCACUGAUCUGACGCUUAACAACACCUUGCACAAACUGCCAUGUUUAGGAACUCAACUCCUGGUAGGACAAUAGAAGUUUGCUUCAACAACUUCCACUGUCCUACCAAGAGUUGUUGAAUAUCUUCUCAUCUCCAGUUUGCUCCACUGUUCAUGUACCUUGGUUUGAAAGCGAGGUAGCGACAGAAUUUAUUUUUCUCUAGGAACUCAAACUUGCCUAGAGAGAUAACUGUGUUCAGAAACCUACUGGUUAGAGAAACCAUCAAGUCCUGUAUGUAAUGUUACAUCUAUAAGUCCUCUUCAGGAAUAGUUAUUUACUGACAAAUAACAAUGAUGAUGAUGACACCGAGCAUCCCUCAGACUGUAUAGGGAUUGAAUGUAGAAUAUGAUCAUGUGUAUUUGUACUAUUUCGGCGGACAAUAAAACCUCCCUGGA